CGCGGUCGUGAAAGGGGAGGAUUGAAAAUUCAUUUUGCACAGUUUUUAGUUUUUACAGAUCGGAAUCGGAAGGAAAGGAAAGCGAAUAGAAGAAGGCGAAGAACAGAAGCUUCCAGCUUUGUCAAAAUGGCGGACUACCACUUUGUGUACAAGGACGUAGAGGGAGCGUCGACUCAGUGGGAUGAUAUUCAGAGGAAGCUAGGGAAUUUGCCCGAGAAGCCGCCGGCGUUCAAGCCGGCGCCUUUUACUCCGGCUCCGGAUGGAGAUUCGAUCCCUAAGGAUAAGGCGUGGAUCGACGAGAAGAACGAAGAUGAGCUCGAGGAGCUCGAAGAUGAUCUCGACGACGAUCGCUUCCUGGAAGAAUACAGGAAUUUCAUGCUGGUUCUGAUAAAAAAAAUGUGAUGUUAGGAAGAAGAGGCUGGCUGAGAUGAAAGAAACAGUUAAAAUUGCGAAGUUCGGAUCAGUGGUCCCUAUCUCGGGCUCCGAUUUCGUAAGAGAGGUGUCACAAGCGCCUCCUGAAGUUUGGGUUGUGGUGCUCCUCUACAAGGAUGGGUACCAAGAAUGUGGGGUCUUACUUCGUUGCCUGGAAGAAUUGGCAACGAAAUACCCUGCCACGAAGUUUGUUAAGAUCAUUUCUACUGACUGCAUACCCAACUACCCAGACAGGAAUCUCCCAACUCUUUUGGUCUACAACAAUAGUGCUGUGAAAGCAAACUAUGUAGGCUUAAGAAGCUUUGGCAGGAGAUGUACCCCUGAAAGUGUUGCACUGGUUCUGUGCCAGUCGGAUCCAGUGCUAAACGAUGGCCAGAAUGGAAGCGACACUUCGAGCCAAGCUGUGAUGGAUGGUGUUAGGAGACGGAUCCUCGAGAGGGUUGUGAAGGACCAUGAAGAACGUGGUGAUGGUUAUUCGAGUGAUUAGUUUGUAGGAAGUUUAUUUUGAUAGGUCUGACUGACGAAGGAAAGUAGAGUACUCGUUAAAGGCUUGGCUAGUGUGUGGAAUGCAGGAGCCGUUUUGGUUCCUGUUACUUUUUGUGUUCCAUUUGUGAUUUCCCUGAAUGUGCGAGUGUUUACAACGCUUUGAUUUUUUCUUCCAGAAGUGCUUUAGCUACACUUGUUGUUCUUGUAGAACACCACAGCAUGAUUCUGGACGAUUAGUGUUUUGAAACGCUUAAAGAUCCUAGCGAACAAGCACUCAAAAAUACAAAAUUUAUGUUGCUGGAUAAGUAAGCAUUCAGUUCAUGGAACCAUAUUUCUCUUGUAUGUGUUACAGAGCGAUGUAAGAAGUAACCAAUUUUGCAGAAACGAUAACUUGCACUCCUAUUUUUUUAAGCACAAAACCCACUUGGGAUAUCCCACAAACAGAAUGUCCUUUUCAAAGGAAAAGCAAAACACAGGCAUUGGACGAGGGAUCUCUGAAAGAGCUCGCUGAUCAGGGAGGAUCGUUUAUUAAUGGGUGUUUCUCAUGCGUCCUCUUCCUCUUCAACUUCUUUCUUUUUAUUUUUCCUGGUGUCACUACCGCCCUGAGCUUGCAUCUCAGCCUUCUUCUGCGCUCGAACCAUGGCUCGUCUAGCACGAGGGCGCAUUUCUCGAACUGUCCUGGGAGGCAUCACAUAUGGUUCAAUGGGCCGAUCACCAAAGGGGUGCUCACCAUCAGCAAAAAUCCUCAACUUUCUAUCCCGGUCCUGCAUUCACGACAAAAAUUGUGACAUGAGAUAUCAACCAUAGAUUUGUAAAUUAGUAUAUAUUUGCCAAACAAGUUCCGAAGAGAUUCAUGUCUUCCAUGUCCUGAUUCAGCAAAGAAGAAAG